AUGAGGCAGAGCAGUGGGCAUGCUGGCCGCCGGAGCGAGAAUGCUAAAUACUUUCACACAGGAGACUUUCUGGCAGGGUGUGGUACACGAGGCAAGAUCCCACAGCAAUUGGAGACUGUUCCACAAGCCGGAGCACAGGAGGAGCUUUUUAGCUCAUAUAUCUGGCAACAAAUUGCAGGUGACUUAACCAGGUGUGAAGACUCCAGGAUAAAUAAAUCAGAAUUCUACAAACAAGGUGAUUCGCCCACUCCAGUUGCAGGAGGACUGUUUGUUAUUCCCACUGGAGAGAAACGUCACCAGUGCAACGAGUGUACAGAAACUUCUAGUCAUGUCUCCAGCUUUGAUCGUCGUCAGCAUUCACACUCAGGAGAGAAUUCUUACACACGCACCAAGUGUGGAAGAAGGAUUUGUAAUAUCUCAGACCUUAGUAAUCAUCAGAGAGUUCACAUGGGAAAGAACCACUGUAAGCAUGAUGGAUGUUGUAAAGAAUUUAGUCAGAGUUCACAUCUGCAAACUCAUCUGAAUGUCCACACUGUAGAAAAACCAUACAAAUGUGAUGAAUGUGGGAAAUGCUUCAAGUAUAGAGCAUCACUUAUUGUUCAUUGCAAAGGCCACCCAGGAAUGAAACCUUAUAAUUGUGAGGAAUGUGGGAGGGCUUUUAUUUAUCUUUUGAGUUUUCAGAAACAUCAGAAAAUCCAUACUGGGGAGAGAUCAUUCAAAUGUGAUACUUGUGGUAAGAUCUUUUGUCAUAGAGCAGCACUUAAUACUCAUUGCAUGGUUCAUAUGGGAGAGAAAGCUUACAAAUGUGAGGAGUGUGGACUGGGCUUCAGUCGUAGGGCACAAUUUCUGUCCCAUCAGAGAGUCUACAGUGGAAAGAAACCAUUCAAAUGUGAAUACUGUGUAAAAGCCUUUAAUAGUAGAUCAAAACUUCAAAUUCAUUGUAGAACUCACACAGGAGAGAAACCCUAUAAUUGUGAACAGUGUGGGAAAGGCUUCAGGCAGGCUGUACAUCUUUUGACCCAUCAGAGGGUCCACAAUGGAGAAAAACCAUUCAAAUGUGAAGAGUGUGGGAAGAAUUUCUCUACUAGACCAGUUCUUCAAGUUCAUUAUAGAAUCCACACAGGGGAAAAACCCUAUAAAUGUAAGAGGUGUGGAAUGGGCUUCAGGCAGCCGUCAGGGGUUUUGACCCAUCAGAGAGUCCACAAUGGAGAAAAACCAUUCAAAUGUGAAGAGUGUGGGAAGUACUUCAGUAGUAAAUCAAACCUUCAAACUCAUCAUAGAAUACACACAGGAGAAAAACCGUAUAAUUGUAAAGAAUGUGGAAAGUACUUCAGGGUCUCUUCCCAACUUCUGAAACAUCGGAGGGUCCACACAGGAGAAAAACCCUAUAAUUGCGAGCAGUGUGGGAAGGGCUUCAGGCAACUUUCAAAUCUUUUGAACCAUCAGAGAGUCCACAGUGGAGAAAAACCCUUCAAAUGUGAACAGUGUGGGAAGAGCUUCUGUCAGAUUUCACACCUUAAAUCUCAUCAAAGAGUUCACAGUAAAGAAAAGCCAUACAAAUGUAAACAAUGUGGGAAAAACUUCAAGUGGAAUGAGAGUCGUGCUCAGCUCUCUUGCUCCAUGGGCCAGCACACCUACUAUGAUGACCUCACUCUGGGCCUGGGAGCACACCAGCUGUCUUGUACCUGUCCCUUUGGUAUCCUGCCAUUGUUUCUGUACUGCUGA